UUGCGGGAGCUGGCCGUGACCGCAGCGCCCUUAACAGCAGUAAACAAAGCAGAGAGAAGAGAAGAGGAGAAGGGGGGGAUAAAAGGAAGAGGGCUCCAGCAAAAGCAGAGGAGGCAGAUCAGAAACCCCGAGAGCUCACUCCUACAGUUUUCUUUUCUCUCGCUUCCCAGUGUUUUUUCGCACACCGACCAGUACACACACACAGAGACCUCCAGCUAGUACUCCUUCGUAGCCUUAACCCCCUGCUAGCAGCUAGCGGAGAGCCUAGGAGGAGUAGCAUUCAGUGAUUCAGGGGCAAGGCGGUGUCCGUUCGUCCUGCGAGGCUUGUUCGUAGACUGCAGUAGCGGCAUUGCUUCCUCCCGGGAUCAGCUCAGCUCUCGUCGAUUCGGUUCAGGGUCGAGUUGGAUUCGUGAUCCCUGGCGAGUUUGGCGGCGGCGGCGUUGUUGGCUGGUUUGCUUCUUCCCGGCGCUGAAUCAGGGCCGAGAUUUGGGGGUGAAUCCGGAUUUGGGGCCAAAAUAAUUUGGAGAUUUGAGGUUUCCUUGCGAAGCCGCACCUUCCAUACAUACAAAGGAGAGAGAGGAGGGGGUGGAGCAGGGAGGAGGGAGGGGAGGGGCUGAGAUUGGCUUGAUUCUUCUGCUGCUUCAGGAGGAAGGAGGCUGGUGCUAUGAGACAAUGAGGGAAGAGAGCAACAAGAAGAGCAAGCUCUCGUGGUCCAAAUCCCUCGUCAGGAAGUGGUUCAACAUCAAGAAUAAGGCGCAGGAUUUCCACGCGGACUACGAUGCUAGCCAAGGAAGGGAUGGUGGUGAACGGAGGACCAGCUGCUCAGAGAGGGAGGCAGCAACAGCCAAGAAAAGCAGAACUGACCGGUCGUUGAAGCGGAAUGUUGAUCGCAUUCGUAGAGGAAGGAAUGAAUUUGAUAUGUCACGUCUGACAGAAACUCAAGAUUACAGAAUAUUUGCCUCCACGUGGAAUGUUGGUGGUAAAUCCCCAUCAAGGGGGUUAGAUUUAGAUGACUGGCUCCAUUCUUCACCUCCUGCCGAUAUCUAUGUGCUUGGCUUUCAAGAAAUUGUUCCGUUGAAUGCUGGAAAUGUUCUUGGUACUGAAGACAAUGUUCCGGCAAAGAAGUGGGUAUCACUUAUUAGGAGGACACUAAAUAAGAAUCCUGAGCCUAGCAGCCAUGGUGGCUAUCGCACGCCAUCCCCUGUACCUGACCCAGUUGUGGAAUUAGAUGCUGAUUUUGAGGGAUCGUCGAGAAGACAUGAUAGCUCUUCAUUUUUCCAGCGCCGAUCAUUCCAGAACCUUAGCCGGAGUUUAAGAGUUGAAGGAAAUGAUAUGUUUCCACAACCAAGAUUGGACCGUAGGUUUAGUGUCUGUGGCCCUGUUACCUUGGGAGGCAGACCAAGUAAUUUUGAUGGAAAUUUUAUGUGUACCGGAUCACCAGAUGACCAAUAUAUUGACGAGGAUGCCAACAACGGACCAUAUUUUUCACCGUUCCCAUAUGGCUAUGGUGCUUCACCACCUGCGGAAGAAAACAACGAGCACCCGAAUACUCCUAGGUAUUGUUUGGUUGCCAGCAAACAGAUGGUUGGCGUAUUUCUCACAGUUUGGGUACGCAAUGAAAUAAGAAAUGAUGUUCGAAACCUGAAAGUUUCUUGCGUGGGUAGAGGACUAAUGGGUUAUCUCGGAAACAAGGGUUCUAUAUCAAUAAGCAUGUCUUUGCAUCAUACAACCUUCUGUUUUGUCUGUUGUCAUUUGACCUCCGGGGAGAAAGAAGGAGAUGAAUUUCGCAGAAACUCUGAUGUUAUGGAAAUCUUACGGAAGACAAGAUUCCCUCGGGUCCGUGGAUGUGGGGAUAUUAAGUCACCGGAAACAAUUCUUGAGCAUGACCGUAUCAUAUGGCUUGGUGAUUUGAAUUACCGGAUUUCUCUUUCAUACCCAUCAGCAAAAGCUCUCGUUGAAAUGCAUAAUUGGAAGCAACUAUUGGAGAAAGAUCAGCUUCGCAUAGAGCGAAGAUGCGGACGUGUUUUCCAGGGAUGGAAAGAAGGGAAGAUUUAUUUUCCUCCAACAUAUAAAUAUUCUUUCAACUCAGAUCGGUAUUCUGGUUAUGGUGUGCGUCCCAAGGAAAAGAGGCGAACACCAGCAUGGUGUGAUCGCAUUUUAUGGUAUGGUAAUGGCAUCAUUCAGUUGUCAUAUGUCCGUGGAGAAUCUCGCUUCUCUGACCACAGACCAGUGUACAGUAUUUUCGUGGCGGAGGUUGAAAUUCUUCGCCAGAGGAGAAGAAACAUGGGCUAUUUCAGCUCUAGAGUUGAGGUGGAGGAGCUUUUGCCAUAUUCUCACAGCUAUGCAGACAUAAAGUUCUACUAGUUCAGCUCUUGCGGUGCUAUAAGUAUGUAACCCCCUUUAAAUAUGUGUAAGCUAAGUGGUUGCUUCUCAAUUAAGAACCACUUUUCUUUACACAUAUUCCUUCUGUUUUACACAUCUGUGCUGUUUAUGCAGGCUCAAUGAUUCUCUGCAAUCUAUAGCAUGGUUCCAAGAUCUGUUAGAUGAGCAGAUAUGAACAUGACAAUAUUUUUCCAUCUUUUUUUGUGUGUGUGUUCUCGCUUUCGAGAAUCACACUUGGCACUUUAGUAACCAUUGCCAAGAUCUAAGAUCAGAUGCGUGGGGAACACAUUCACAUUCUGCAAGAACUAACAUAGAGGAUAGUCGGGCAAUUUAGCAACUAACAAUUUGCCCGCGAAUGGCAACGUUCAUGGGAAGAUUCAGCCAGCUUACAUCACUGACUAUACAACUCUACCAGCUCUUUGCCUUCCAGUUCAUCUCCUUUGUUUAGAGCCCUCAACAACCUACACCCGUCACACCUUUUUUUUCCAUUGAAAACUCUGUAAUUAAGCUGGACAGUGCAUGUAUCAGCGUGAGUUGUAAAAUCAUCGCAGAUCGGCGCAGGGAAUGAUACUUGGAUUGAACUAAAUUCCAUAUGAUGAUUCCUGGUGUGAGGGGAGAAUGAUAUGUGUUGAUGUGACUUGAGAGGUUUGUUGCGAAAAGAUGUGAUCAUUUGCAUGUA